CGUCUCACAGCAGGCUGCACGUAGAGACAGACCAGUGUUAUGUGUCCAGUUCGGAGGACGGAUUGUUUCGAUGAAAAUUAGGUUGUAGGUUGUUGUAUACCUUACUACGGUAGGAAAGAGGCGUCAUUUGUGUUUUAACAACGUUUCGCUUAUGAGUUAUUGACCCGGGAAGUUCGAGUCAGUGAACAGAUUUCCAACUUUACAGAACUCGGGUUCUUGUGUUGGCUUGUCACCACAACAACAUUUUGGGAUGCUUUGGUAGAAGGCACGCAUCUACGUCUCGCAUAUUUCGGUGCUCAUUCUCUGAAUUGCGUAACUGUCGAGACAAAAUUGUGAAGAUCUAAACCAACACAUUUUUUCGACAAUAUGGAUUCCGCCAAUCAAGACAUCAAUUUGAACUCUCCACAUAAAGGUCUGGGCACUGACUCUCUCUCAGAUGUGCCAGUGGAGAGAGGGGCAGCGGGUGUGAAUCCAGUGACUCUCCCCCCAGUUCUUACAGAGGAGGAGGCAGAGGAACUGAGACUAGAGCUCACCAAGGUUGAGGAGGAGAUCCACACCUUGCGGCAGGUGCUGUCAGCUAAAGAGCGCCACGCAUCGGAGCUGAAACAUAAACUGGGCCUCAGCCCCUUAAGUGAGCUCAAACAGAACCUCACCAAAAGCUGGCAGGACGUCCAGACCUCAAAUGCCUAUGCCACAAUGACAGAGAAGCUGGGCCAAUUGAAUGAGAAGGUUGCAGGGUGUGAUAUAUAUCUUUCAGCUUCAGCCACUCUGGAUGACAUUACCAGCUCUGAAGUGUAUAAAAAGACUCAGGAAACACUGUCUCAGGCUGGACAGAAGACCUCGGCUGCCCUUACCACCGUGGGCACAGCCAUCAGCAGGAAACUGGGAGACAUGAGGAACUCUCCAACCUUUAAAUCAUUUGAGGACAAAGUUGGAAACAUCAAGGACAAGGUGGUUGGAGGGAGAGCUAAUGGUGAAAGCGCCCACUCUCCCAACGAGUCGAACUCAGUGCAGGGCAACGCUCCGUUCUGAGAGCCCACCCUCCUGACUUAAAAACACAUCUCAUUUCUUUGUGAAUCCUGAGUACACCCACACUUCAGUUCUCUCUCCCUCUGUUUCUCUCUCAAUUAUUUGAUCCCUUUUUCCUCUGACACCCCUCCACCUACUGCUAGGAUGUGCUUGCCUCAUCGCACCAUUAAAAACACACCCUACAGGUUGUGCCAUGAAAUCAUCAAAGGUUGUACAAAAAAAUUUUUGAAUCAUUUUGUAUUCAGAACUAUUUUACACUGCUCUGAAUAAUGUUUUUGCAUAACUUUUAUCUAUAUGUGAAUAUAAAGGAAUAUAAUAACUAUUUAAACAUUACUGCCAAGCAGCAUUCAUCAGAUGCAUAAAGAUGCAACAUUUAAAUCUAAAGGGGGGAGGAUAUUAGAUAAAAAAUAAAAUAAAAAUUGCUGCAACUUGCUGAAUGUUCAGUUGAGUAAUUUUCUACUCUCAGUACAAUGUGAAGCGAUGCUUUGCUGUACACUUGUAAUGUCUGACCUUCUCAGUCUGCCUUACACACUCAAACUGAUCAAACUUUUUUUUUCUUACAUCAAGUAGUUUUUUCUCUCUUUAUUCUCUUUGUACCUUUGCUCUUUCUUGCUCUUGUUCAGUUUAAUUUUCAAAUGGAUGAGAAUGUUUUAUUUAUGCUGUGCUUGUCAGAAAUUGCUUGCCUUUGAUUUGUUCCAUGCUAUGUAUGCCAGUUAGCAGAUGCCCAGGGUUGGGAGAGUUACUUUUGAAAUUUAUUCCACAACAGAUUACAGAAUACAUGCUGUAAAAUGUCAUUUGUAAUGUAUUUCGUUAGAUUACUCAAGUUCAGUGACGUAUUCUAAAUACUUUGGAUUACUUCUUCAGCACUAGUAGAUUUUUUUCACUUGUUUUGACCAUAAAAACUCUGCCAGUACAGUAAGACAAAAUACACAUGUUAAAAAUACAUUCUCUGAAAAUCCUAAAUAUCUUAUGCAGUGUUGUUUCUAAAACAAGAUCAAUCAAAUUGAUCUUGUUUUAAGGAUUUGUAGAUAUUUUUACAGGAAAACAAUACAAAAAUUAUUAUCAAGAAUACGAUUUUUGCCCUAAUAUCAAAGGUCUUACUAGAAAAAAAGAAAUCAUGAUCCAAUGUGAAUUUUCUUGAUAAAAAAUAUGAUCGUGCCUGGUAACAUGUGCAUGUAAAAUGGCCAGAAAUAGCAUUUUAGCUUAGCGUAAAGCUGACAAUUUACACAAGGUUUAUUUCUAUUUCUUCUGCUCCAAAUUUACUUCAAACUUACUUCUCUGUCUGCUCGUAUGAAUGUAACACAUCAUAAGAAAGUGUUUCACUGCUGUUCAAAUGCACUUUGGAUCACAUCAUUUAUAUGUAUAAAUGUUUUCCAUCUGAAAGAACUAAAUAUUAAAAGAAACAAUAAAAUGCAAAGUAAUCUCUUCAGUUAUCAAAAUACUUAUAUUUUGUAUUUCAAAUACGUAAUCCCGUUACAUGUAUUCCGUUACUCCCCAACCCUGCAGAUGUCAUAGACAUUUUGGUGUCAAAAUGUUUUAUACACGAAAACUAACACAUCGGAAGGGUCACAAUUUUAAGAAAUUACCACAAAAAAAAUCAUAUAUAUAUAUACACACACACACACACACUCUCUCUCUCUCUCUCUCCCUCCAUCCCCUGGUCAAAAGUUUUGAAACACUCAUUCUUUAUUAUAAUUUUUUUUUUCACAUUUUAGAAUAAUAGUAAAGUCAUCAAAACUAUGGAAUAACAUAAAUGGAACUAUGGGAAUUAUGUUGUGACUAAACAAAAUCCAAAAUAAAUAAAAACUGUGUUAUAUUUUAGCAUCUUCAAAGUAGUCACCCUUUGCCUAGAAUUUGCAGACAUGUACUCUUGACAUUUUCUCAACCAAAUUCUUGAGGUAUCACCCUGGGAUGCUUUUUAAACAGUAUUGAAGGAGUUCCCAUCUAUGUUGGGCACUUAUUGGCUGCUUUUCUUUAUUAUUUGGUCCAAGUCAUCAAUUGAUGAAAUUUUAGUUUUAUAAUGAAAUAAAUUAAUAUGGUGGCACAAUUAUAUUUUUGUCUACAAAACUAAUUUCAAACAUUUAAGCAUACGCCUUCAGAUCAAAAGAUUUUAAGAUCAUGAGAAACAUUUCAGGCAAGUGACCCCAAACUUUUGAACGGCAGUUUAUGUGUAUGUGUGUGUGUGUGUGUGUGUGUGUGUAUGUGUGUGUGUAUAUAUAUAUAUAUAUAUAUAUAUAUAUAUAUAUA